AUGCAAGGAAACGAUUCAAUCCCCUCGGAUGGUGAUGAUCACAGAACCGCUCGGAGUUGUAGUGGUCCAGCAAAGUUCGUCAGCAUCAUCCUCAUCUCUUUCGUAGUGUUCUCGGCACUGGAUAGCAUCAUUCAUGGCUCGGUCAACGCUUCCUUCGGGCUAGACAUGUUGGCCAAGUUCUUUGUUGCCAUUCUACCUCUUAUGUUGGUCAUAAUUGUCUGCGCGUUGAUUUGGUUCGCAAUCCGCUUGCUCAUGGCCAAGUACAGCGCCAAUCAAGUCACAUUAGGGCCAAGUUAUGCCGCGCUGUCAGCGAUGGAGGCACCGGAGCCGUAUGCGCGGAUGGACGAAGAGAAGAAGGCCCUCCAAGGGAUGAACCAGCAUCCUAUCAACUCAGCCCGCAGCAACAACUCAGAGCAGCUCUCCGACGUUGAAGCUAGAGCAAAGGCCAAAGCUGAAGAGGAGAAAAGGAAAGCAGAUGAGCUCCGAUUGUUGAACCUGGAGGCGGCAGCCCGGAAGAAGGCCGAGGAGGAGGCAGCGGCUGCAGCGGCGGCGGCGGCGAAGGCGAAGGCCGAGGAGGAGGCGGCGGCGGCGGCGGCGGCGAAGAAGAAGGCCGAGGAGGAGGCAGCGGCGGCAGCGGCGGCGAAGAAGGCCGAGGAGGAGGCAGCGGCUGCAGCGGCGGCGAAGAAGAAGGCUGAGGAGGAGGCGGCGGCGGCGGCGGCGGCGAAGGCGAAGGCGAAGCCCGAGGAGGAGGCAGCGGCUGCAGCGGCGGCGAAGAAGGCCGAGGAGGAGGCAGCGGCGGCGGCGAAGAAGAAGGCCGAGGAGGAGGCAGCGGCUGCAGCGGCGGCGGCGGCGAAGAAGGCCGAGGAGGAGGCAGCGGCGGCAGCGGCGGCGAAGAAGAAGGCCGAGGAGGAGGCAGCGGCUGCAGCGGCGGCGAAGAAGGCCGAGGAGGAGGCAGCAGCGGCGGCGAAGAAGAAGGCCGAGGAGGAGGCAGCGGCGGCGGCGGCGGCGAAGAAGGCCGAGGAGGAGGCAGCGGCGGCGGCGGCGGCGGCGGCGGCGGCGAAGAAGGCCGAGGAGGAGGCGGCGGCGGCGGCGAAGAAGAAGGCCGAGGAGGAGGCGGCGGCGGCGGCGGCGAAGAAGAAGGCCGAGGAGGAGGCAGCGGCGGUGGCGGCGAAGAAGGCCGAGGAGGAGGCAGCGGCGGCGGCGGCGGCGAAGAAGGCUGAGGAGGAGGCAGCAGCUGCAGCGGCAGCGAAGAAGAAGGCCGAGGAGGAGGCAGCGGCGGCAGCGGCGAAGAAGAAGGCCGAGGAGGAGGCAGCGGCGGCGGCGAAGAAGAAGGCCGAGGAGGAGGUGGGUAGCCGAGUAUCAGCCCUGUGGAAGGAGGAGAACGAGUACUUCCUCGGACUAGUGUCCGCUGACAACGGCGACGGGACAUACUCGAUCAACUUCGAUGAUGGCGAUGUCGACGAGCGACUGGAGGCCGAGCACAUUCGUGCGCCGACACAGGGAGAGUUGAGCAGCAGCAACAACUGA